GAGGACCUGGAGAACGGCGAGGACGUGGCCACCUGCCCCAGCUGCUCCCUGAUCCUGCGCGUCAUUUACGACCAGGAACAGUUCAUGCGUGAUGAAGUCAUUGCAGAACCUUUGACAAACAAGGAAUUGAUUAAGUGCUGA